AGCAAAUGUUAUCCUUCGGCCUGUGCGCUGUCUGUGGCCAGGUGACCACUGGGAAAAACUUUGGAGUUAUUAGUUGCAGAUCUUGCGCGGCGUUUUUCAGAAGAGCUCCGACAUGGAGCCGAAGGUUUCCUGAAUGCGUUAAGGCCAGCUGUGCAAUUUUUGAAAACGGGAAAUUCAAAUGCAAAAAGUGUCGAUUAAAACGAUGCCAAGAAGUGGGAAUGGAUGUUAAAAAAAUUCAGCAAAAUCGAGACUUGAUCUCCACGUCCAACAUGUUCCAAAAACGGGUUACUCUUAUAUUUGGGCCUGCGCAUUCCAUGUCAACUUUUCUCGGGAGGCCCAGUUUCCUAUUGCACUGUGAGCCGGAGCUAGCUUCUCAUUCUAAAACAAUUAUAGAUGUUUCGUAUUUAGUGGAUGUUGCAAGGAAAAUUUUCGAAAAAGACGCCACUAUUUCUCAUAAAUCGUCCAACUAUUACAAUAGCCUAGAACUUCUCACAUUGGCGCUUGAUGCUUUUCGGCCAAAAGAUAUUGACAAAAAGCUUACAAGGCUUACAAAAAUUGGCAAAAACGAGUCACUUCUUAUGUGGGAGCAAAGUUUUUUGAGGGCUGCAGAGUGGUUUUCAAAUUUGCCGAGUUUCAUGAAGUUGGAGGAUUGGAUGAAGCUAGAUAUCCUGAAAUCCUCCUGGCUAGCCUGGACUCGGCUUGAAAAACGCUGUGAAGCUGCAGACUAUCAAAAGAGCAAAAUCUUGGAAAAUGGAGUUUUUAUGUGCGGAAAUGGUUCUUGUUUGGCUAUAGCCGAAUAUGAAGUUGACCUCUCUUGGUGCACAAAUUACACGGCGGAGCAGUUGAAAUACUAUUUAUCACCUGAUUCCGAAGGCCAAAAAUGCAUCGAGGACCUGAUCGAAUUGAGCCCAAGUAGCACUGAAGUCAACUUCAUGAUUCUUCAGCUCACACUUCACCACGCCGGCAAAAAAUCUCAGGGAAGACUUCUAGAAGCUACUGAAAACAUUAUUGAAGCCCAAGCAAAUCACCUACAUUCCUAUUACGUGGAAAAAGUGAAAAUGCCAAACUAUUCGGCUCGUCUGGCAAAAAUGAUGAAGAUCAACAGAGGGAUUGCAGGAGAAAUGAGGUGUCGACGUGAGAAAAAUCAAAUUGCCAGAGUUUUCGAUAUAAUGAAAGUGGAAUUUUCUGAUCCGGAAAUGUUUGAGCUCACUUAAAUGGAAUUAAUUUUCGAAAUAAAUAUUUUGAUACUACGUUUA